AAAAAAAUGCGGAAAAAAUUUACGUUGUUCACUUUUAUUCUACUUAACCUCACUGUCUCGGCAAUCAGCAACAACGGCCCAACUGUUGAUGAGAUUUUGGAAACCAAUCAAUACUUCCUCGUUUCACAGCAAGAUGGUAUAACCUCCAUCGAAACUUCUGUAACUCCCGGUCACUGUCCUCAGUUUAUGGUAAAUCCUAAAACAAAUCAUCCGAAAUUCCGAUUCGCAGGCGUUCAUCUUGUACGUGAUCCGAAUGGCCGUUUUCCACCCAAGAUAAUGACAAUCAGAGAAGACGAUCAUUCUUUCAAUGCAAAUAUUUUCACUCUGAAUGUGUCCAACGUAUUUCAACAAAUCUCCUCGAAAACCGUCAGUUUUGUUGACAAGAAGAAAAGCCUUGUGCCAGAAACGUCAGCACUGAAGUUAAAUAAAAAAAUUCUCUCAACUCUUUUUGACUCAACCAGCCACAUGCUAUAUGUCGACUUCUCAACCUCAGAUACUUUCGAAAUGGAACAAUUUUUUGUCAGUGGACUUCAUACUGACAACUUCAAAUUAAUUUCACUUCAUCGAUACUAUAGAUCUUCACCAAGCAGCAGAUUUGAGUGGCAAGAAGAUCAAUAUGCUGGAAAGUUCUAUUAUAAAGAAAGAAUCGACGAUCAGAUUCAACUUUUCGAAAUUCCAAUGAACGCACUAGUUGCAACUGCAUCAGAAGGAGAAGCCGGCGUGAAAGUUGGAAAAAUGAACAAGGACGGCGUUAUUCUUGGAGCAACAGGCGGUGCGUUUUUCACAUCUUAUAGAAAGCGCGAAGGAAACAUGACAAAAUUGUACACUUCUCUAGUACCGGCAAACCUGAGCGCAGGUUUCAAAUGCGAAAAAUUGAUUAAACCUUCUUCAAUGCCAAAUUUCUACGAGCUCAUCAUCAUCAAGAAUAAUGAUUAUUGCAUGUUGAGAGAUGGCACGAAUUUCGAUCGUAAAAAUUGUGAAAUGGAACAGAAAGCGUACCUCAUUUCCAAGCAAGUUUUUGAAGACGAGCCAACAAAUGUUGUAAUGUGGCUGCUCGUUGUCUGUAUCAUCAUGUUUAUGAUUAUCAUGCUUCUCUACGUCUACAUCUACUGGCUUCGUUCUACUUUCGUGGCAAUUGAAGAGAGAGCUCUUCCCACUGAGUUCGAAACGGAGGCAUCUCUAUUUGUCGCCAAGCAAAGAAGUUUCCAAUCAGCAUACUACGAUCCUGCUCUUCUCGAUGUUUCUGUCGACAAAUGGAAUUAAUUUAUUUUCCCCACACUUUUAUCAUUUUCAGUUCUAGCAAUUAACUCAAAACCUGUUCACUGUCCCUUUUUAUAUAAUAGUAUACUGUUCUUCCCAUCUCCUAUCACACAUCAACUUACUUGAGUUUUAUUUGUUAUUCAGUUUUAUUUGUUAUUCAUUUACCCCUGUUCCAUUCCUUUUGCACAUCUCCUCUGCAGUUCUAAUUUAUUUUGUAAUUUUUGAAUUGUGAGGAAAACUUUCAUUGCUUUUCCAACCAAAAUAAAUAAGUUUAAGAAAAAAGAACCCUGUGAUGGCA